AUGCUCAAUUACAACAACCCUGGCGUGCCGGCCGAACCCGUUGCCUUCUCUUACCCUACUAAUUACGACUGGAAACCGGUUGUCCCGACCACGUCAAACGACUAUGUUGGAGAUCACUACAUGCAGUAUAACAUGCCCUACCCCCACAUCCGACAGUUCUAUCCCGGCUUCGAAACAGGGCAAGAGAAUCAGCAACAUAACCCCUUCAUCGAUACUAGUGUAGCUACCAACUACGAAGUUCAGAACACAUGUUAUCAACGAGUAAAUCGAGAAAAGGUACCCCCAAAGGAUACGGGCCCUAAAAUUUGCAUGUGGAGAACGGUAUGUUUAGUCAGUCAGUUAAAGCCCAUAUUAGGACAUUUAGCAUUUUUAAUGUUUUAACUAUAAACCUAGGUCUACAACUUAAUGGUUUAUAUCCUAAAAUAAUAACAAAAAAAUUUUUUUGUAAAAGCUUAAUAAUUUAACUGGAAACCUAAAUCAUUUUUAUACAAAAACACCAUAGAAUCAUUUUAGUCGGCCGGAAUUUGUGGUCAAAGAAGCACAGACUUGAAGAUGUUUGUGGAGCACAUCAACGAGCACGCUAACGCUACGGACGGCUCACGGCACGUUUGUCUGUGGAAGAACUGUUCACGAGAGCUAAAGGAGUUCAAAGCCAAGUACAAGUUGGUGAAUCACAUCCGAGUUCACACUGGAGAAAGACCAUUCGUGUGCACUCAUUGUAGCAAGUACUUUGCCAGAAGCGAGAAUCUCAAAAUCCACGAGCGGACUCAUACAGGUUGGCGGCUUAUUAUUGAUGUUCUUAUAGUACGUAUGGUCGAAAACACUCUACCUACUUUCUGACCGUUCUUUACACAAUAACUAUAGUUUUCAUGAUACCCAUUUAUGCUUGAAAGUAAAACCAGUUACAGUAGUUUUGUUAUGUCGCCAAACAGUUCAGGCUUCCCAGGGUCUAUUUCAAAGAGCGGUGAAGCGAUUUAUAUAAACUUUAACUGACAGCUCCGUGAUCUGACCUCACCUGCUUUUGUUCCUAAUCCUGAAUAUAUAUAAACCAAAACUUCUUUGAAUUAAUUUACGAUCAAGCAUUAUGCUAAUUUUUCGCGAUGGAAUCCCGAGAUUCAAGUGGCUUUAGAAAGGCCGUAGUAAAACAAUAAAUUGAGCAUUAGGUUUAGAUUACUGUAAUUCUUUAGUUAAAAACUAAACAGAGAAAAAGACCAUGUGCUUGCACAAAUCGAUUAAACCUUUUUUACACUAAAAUCAAGUCAUGUUUACAAAGUAAUUAAGCCUUUUCGUGUUUUAAAUCCUCUACUUCCAAUUUUAUUGCAUAAUUUGAAAUGUGAGAGAAUCUGUUACUCUGCUAAAACAAUUGAAAGCAACAGUUUUUGUCGCCAAAAUUGCUAGUUUUCGAUUAAGCAAAUGCCAUUUAUCCACAACUGCCAAUUAAAGCCGAGAAAAGUCAGGUUAACGACAUUAAUUCCGAUACAAAAGCGUCGGAAGCGAGAUGAGGUGAGCUGUGUUAUGUAACUGUAACAUAGCCGCUGAGGUAAUUCGUUAUGGACACUGUUAUAGACAGUCUAUUGCUGGAUAUUUUUAAAUACAUCACUGUUCAAUCUCACAACAUCUAACUAAUUUUGUCAUUUUUUUCGUUUCAAUUUUCAAAUUUUUAAAAUGUUUUAAAUUUUUUAAAAUUUAAAUUUUGAGCAACUAAUUAAUAAAAGCUACCGUACCUAGCUGAAAUGCCACUUUUAUUAAAACAAAAUGAACUCAUUCAUCACGAUGCGGUAUCUUUACCAUCUCUUAACGACAGAUGUGAUUUCACACGAAUUUCAUGAAAGACAUCUGGAAAUAAACACAUUAUAAUGACACAUUUCAGGAGAGAAACCUUUCGAAUGCGACCAAUGCAAGAAGAAGUUCGCCAACAGCAGCGACCGCAAGAAACAUAUGCAUGUACAUUCCAAGAACAGGCCCUACUUUUGUUCACAGUGUAAGAAGAAGUACACACAUCCAUCGAGUUUGAGGAAACAUCACAAGGUAGGAUAAGGUCAUAAAGUCUAUUGAAGCACCCAAAGUAAAGUAACAUUAUUGCAUAGACUACACAUACUUUGAACCGUAUAAUCAGAAAACUUAACUUUUGAUAGAUAUACUACUUUUACAUGCUUUAACUUAAUCUAUACUGCUCAUUAUAUUUGAGUAAAGUAACCUUAUUACCACGUUUUUACAGCAAACCCACCCUGAUGUACCACUCCAACCACUCACACACUACAAAGGCGAAAGCGAUGCCUCCUCGGAUUCUGGAAACGCUUCAGCUAUGACUCCGACGCUACACGACCCAAUGUUCCUGUGUAAGCAGGAGGACCUAGUAGUACCCAACUUCGUGCAGCUCAACCCUCCCAUGCCCUUUCCUCAGGAUACCAUGAUAUCUUAUAUACCACACCAAUUCAACUCCGCUUACUAUCAGUAA